AUGGCUGUCAGCAACCGCCGGCUGUGGGUUGCCGCCUUCCUGGCCUUGGGCUACGUGAUCGUUGACCUGAUACUCUACGUUUUGUGGGCGAUGGUUGUUUGGCACAAAUCUAGCAUGCUGUUCGACAUCCUUGAGAUCAUCGACGACACACGGAAUCCAAAAGAAACUCUCUUGGUGCUCUGCCCUUCUUGGACGCUAGAGGAGGUCGAGAAGCUCAGACCACUGACUAUGGUGAGUUGGGGAGCUUUGUUAUUUCUGCCCGCAGCGGGCUUUCCCGUCUUUGCCAGUGGCGUGAGCUUCAUGAUUUCGAUUUGUGUUGGGCCAGAUGCAUGUCCCAAUACACCGACGCCUGUGUCGCACAGGCUCUUCGCUUUUUCAUUCUUCUUCUCCGGCACGGCCCUCCUGUUCAGCGGGACGUCCUUUGCCCUUGAGUGGAAGAAUGACGGAAACCCGUUUUACGGGAGCACAAACCCGCGCUCCUUUAGUGGCUUAUACUACGAGACGGACUGCUUUGGCUAUGGCGGUUGCAGUGGCCACUACCUGGACGUGGUGGCAGUGCAUGAUGUUUGGUGUCCAACAGGGUCCUCGCCAAUCAGCUCGAGCGCGGAGAUACUUUCAAUUGUGGGUCCCAUUCUCUUCGUGGUCACCUUCCCCGUCCUUGUGGCGGGCAUGGGCUACGCCUGCUGUUAUUCACGAGGACCUCGAUUCUGCUUGAUCGUCGCGACGCCGUCGAUGCUCGCGGCUGUCUGCGGACUGGUCAUAGGAGGAAUCCAAUAUCCACUCGUGUUGCCUUACAUCUUCGCCCAUGCUCUUUGGCAGUAUGCGCGCCUUGUGAUCAACUGCGUUGCCGGCGUUGACCAAAAGGCGGUGGACGUCAGCUUCCGCACAACGCAAAACGACGACAUGGUGCCCGGCAUCAUCGGGAAACCGGCGGCCGGCGGUGACGGUGACGUAGGUCCUGUUGAGGACACGGGCUACUACGGCUACUGA